CGCGGCCCCCCCCUUUGCCCCCUUUCUCUCGCUCUCCAUAUAAUGCUCUAGGCGCUGCAGGAGAGUCCGGGCGUCCCGCUAGACUCUUCUGGAUCUAACGUGAAACAGGGGAGAUUCCUUCCUCCGCUCUUCUCUGGUUCUUUCUCCAGACUUGUUCUUUCGUCUUCCCUUUUGUUGUCUUUAUGGUCAAUGCGUUAUAUAUCAUUCAAUUCUCGGGUCGAGGGCAUUCGCCCAGUUUUGCCACCCGGAAAUAAGGUUCUGCGGUUGGACUUUGACCCCUCGAUAUUGGGUUCUUCUUCUUAGUCUUCCUCUCGAUCUGAAGGGGGGGAAAAACAACCCAGGAAUAAAGAAAAAGACAUGAUUUGUUCGUCAGUUUUGGCGGAGAAACCGUCCAUGGCGGUCGCCACUUGCAAGAUGCUAAAACCUCCGCCAAAGCCAUCGCCUUUUUGUUCCAGACCUAUCCUCUGUACUCAGAACAAGAACCCCAACACCGUGAACGAGCCGUCAAAGCCAAGACUGACCAUCGCCACCCCUAUCCUGGUGAUCCCAAGUCAAGUCUCCGUGAGGAGAUCAAAGAAAAAGAGGGGAGGGGAGGCAAGGAGGGAUUCUUCUCAAGUGGGUGGUCAGCAUAUGCUUGGCCUGUGUGGUUUUGGGUAUUGGGUCCAGGGCUUCAGGUGCUUCCCUUGGUUGGCCUUGAAUUUCCACAUGGCUUACAAUCUCAAGCUGCCUCCCUCAACCUUGCAGCUUGUGCAGAAUUCUGGGAAUCUGCCGAUGGUGGUCAAGCCUCUGUAUGGGAUCUUGUCUGAUGCUAUUUACGUUGGUGGUUCUCACAGGCUGCCAUAUAUUUCAGCGGGAGUGCUUCUACAGAUUCUGUCUUGGGGACCACUGGCAUUGAUCCCUCUUGCUCGUGAAGCUCUUCCAAACCUCAUGGCAUGUGUUCUUCUCAGCAAUAUAGGUGCAUCUAUUAGUGAAGUUGCUAUGGAUGCUCUUGUUGCAGAGUAUGGCCAGAAACACAACUUACGUGGUCUCCAGUCUUAUGCAUUCAUGGCUUCAGCAGCUGGUGGAAUCCUUGGAAACUUGUUAGGUGGAUAUAUUCUUCUUAGAACACCACCAAAGACCAUGUUCUUCAUAUUUUCAUCCCUUCUUUCCCUUCAGUUUGCCAUGUCAUUGAUGACAAAAGAAGCAUCUCUUGGAGUAUCUCAGCCAUCAGUUAACACUCUAAAAAAGAAGUCGAUCUUGCUUAGCAUUAGAAAUCAAUUCUCAGACUUGUUAAGGGCAGUUCGUGAAGAGAGUAUUUCCGGCCCUCUUACUUGGAUCGUGCUUUCUAUCGCGACGGUGCCAAUUCUGUCUGGUUCGAUUUUCUGCUUUCAAACUCAAUGUCUGCAUCUUGAUCCUACAGUUAUCGGGAUGUCACGUGUGAUAGGCCAGUUGCUCCUGCUUUUCACGUCAAUACUUUUUGACCGGUUCUGGAAAAAUGUUUCAAUGAGGAGAUUAAUUGGAGUGGUGCAGGUUCUUUAUGCAGGCUCACUUCUUCUAGACCUAGUUCUGGUGAGGCAGAUCAAUCUGAAGUUGGGAAUUCCCAAUGAUGUGUUCUCCCUAUGUUUUUCUGGUCUAGCGGAGACAAUUGCACAGUUUAAGCUCCUUCCGUUCUCAGUGCUGUUUGCGAAUUUAUGUCCACGGGGUUGUGAAGGAUCCUUGACAUCUUUCUUAGCAUCGGCCUUGUGUUUGUCGUCAAUAGUUAGCGGGUUUCUGGGUGUUGGAUUAGCAUCACUUAUCAGGAUCACCUCUGGUGAUUACUCAAGCAUGCCUGUGGGGAUUCUGAUACAGUUUUUGGUGGCUUUGCUGCCCCUGGCGUGGAUUCAUCUUUUGCCCACGUCACUAGAUACUGUUGAGAAGGACAGAAAAAGAGGCUUGAGUAAAAGAAGACGAAGAAACAGAAGAGUCGGACGAGUGGUGUUUGGCUCAGUAAUAUCUUACCGGCGUGAGAGAGAUUCUGAGACAUUGAGAUAGAAAUCACCAAGAGAUGUCUUUGCACUUUUGGAAUCAGUAAUUGAAGUACGCGUGUGGUUACUGAUACUUGGCAUCUGUCAUUUUCCAGUGAAGGAACUCAGAUUGGAUGACCAUUUUAGACUCUGAAAACAAUUGCUUCUCCACCCAAAAACUUCAAUAACUUUCUUUCUCCUUCAUCACUUCAAAGCCGUUAUCAGGAAAAAGGGAGGUUCCUGGAUGUUUGAACAAGUACAUUAUUUCUUUGUGAUCCUUAAUUUCGGGAAGGAAUUUGGUUCCUCCAUAUGGAAGGCUUGAGGAGUUUUUCAGGCCAGUGAACCAUUGAGAAGAUCUUCAGCACCUGAACCUGCUGCAAGAGCUUUCUGAGGAAAUAGGUGGUGCUGGACUCGACAGAUAAGUCCUAACAUCAGUGUAAAGUGAGAUCCUGAGGUUUCCUCCUCCCAUUAGAAGCUCGAACUUUUGUCGAUGUAAAUAGUUUUCUGACUUAUAGGAGGUUAUGGAUGGUGAUUUUGGAGUUGAAAAGGAAUUGCUUUUGUAGCUGCCAUCCAUAUCUGGCGUUAGCUUCUUCAACCAAACGCCUUUAGGCAGGCCACACUCGAAGAAAAUGAUCUCUGAAGUCAUCGUGCUACUGACAGAGACAAGUCUUUAAGAUGUCACAGUUCUGCCAAAAAGCUUUAGUUUUUACUUCGUUGCCUGACAAUCUUUACUUGUUCUUUCUCAUAGUUUUGUAUGAGUCUUUUCUUUCUUUCGGUUAGAUUAACGAAUGGAAUUGGAUAGGGGAAUAUGGCUCUGUGCUGCGCUGAAUCUUAGCAAUAUUAGCUACAAACUGCGGUUGUGUUUUCACGGUUUCCUUUUCAAUGGUCUUUUCCAAUAUGACGAGGGGAUCUUGAAUCAUUCCCAAGCAAGUUAUUUGUUGA